AUGUGUAGUACGCAUGCAUGGCAUGCUGUCGUGCGCGCAAGCGAAGCUCUAGAUGCGCUUAAAGAUGCGAUAUUUCUCGUUGAGGAACAAAGGCAAGCACACAUAGGCAUUUGGGAAGCGCGUACGGAGGCAAGUCCUGGACGGCUUUUACUGGCGCUGGACGAUGCGCGCGACAGGCUUGUCAAAGCACGAGACAGGGCAGAAGAGGCAUGCAACAUGCAGCCAGCUUCAGAGGAAACUUCUAAACUAUCAAAAAUGCGCGCAGAUAUCUAUGCUGAGUUCGUGCGCAUUCAUGCCGAGGCAUUGGAUCUCGAACUCACUCUAGAAAGUGAUCGUGCCCUUCUUGUGCUGUAUGACGUUUGCGUCCAAUGCGAACGGCACAUGUCGAACUUGGAAGCGACUUUCUCUCGCGACUCAGAAGAUUCAGAAGCCAUGCGCGUGAAAAAGCACCACACGAUUCACGCCUGUGAGAGACUCUUGGCCACGAUACGACAAUCCGCUCAGCCAAAUGAUUAUGUCAAGCCGCGAAUAUCACGGAUCGAGGAGCGGUGGGAUCGACUACGGCAACAAUUUGGCAUCAUGAACGAUUCUGACAUUGAUGCAACGGCAGCGGUAUUGGAUGCUUCGCUCUCGCUGUCAACGACCAAGCGACGUGCCUCGGAAUCCAAUGAUACUCGGAAACGUCGCUGGUCGUUUGGUACUCCUAGUCGGAUUCCCCGCACGCCUACAUCCAAAACAUAUUCACGCAUCCCGAGCUCGACGCAGCGAAUGCGCUCGAUACACUUUCAAAUGCCCGCCGACUCGCCGGAAACGCCGCGGUGGACAGAUGCGGUGGCUCGGCACGAGGCUUCGCCGAGUGUCGAGCAUGCUCGAGCACGAUCAGCUCUGGACCACCGUCCAUCGUCCUCGCAAGGAAGGCGCUUGCGCCGACGCGAAUCAAUGCUGCCGCGAAUCUCGCGCGAUGUACCAGCUGUACCGCCCUUACCCGCCUCGUUUGCGUCUCCUCAACCUGACAGUCACACACGAUUACGUGCGCAUCCUUCCAUGCCUACACUCUCUCCGCGCACACCCAGCACGACGGGGCGCGCUACACCUGGUGCAACGGGACGCAUGACGCCGAGUCGCUCGCACCGGUAUAUGCCAGAUGGCAAAGAUCCUCUGGAUAUUGCCGUGGCACGUCUCUGCAAUGUGCGUGGCAUUCGUAUCGAGCGUCUAGAUGAAAUGUGUCAUCAAGAUGGGGACUUGAUUCACAGGUACGCCAUGUUCUCCAAGACAGUAGCAUGUCGAUUACUCCGUAUGCACAAACCUGAGCAUCCUCGCGAUGUCGAUGCAAGUUAUGUACAAGUGCGUGUGGGCGGAGGUUGGUUAGAACUCGAUACUUGGCUUGAUGCGCGCAUCUAG